AUGGAGGACAGUGUGUUAGUGGUUCCCGACGUGCUUCCCUUGGAUGUUGAAUCGUUUAAAUUGCUUUCGAAAAACGAGAAACAAUACGUAAAUGCUAUUGACGAAGUGGCUUGGAUUGGAGCAUUAAUCGAUCUGAUUCAAUUGUCUCCUGAAUCCGCUGGGAUAUUCUUGCUGUCGCAUAACAUUUUCCAACUGCAGGAUGCUUCGGAUAUUCGUGAUAUUGCCAAAUCAAAUGGCGUGCGAGCUGAAGAUAUUGAUGCUUUUGUUGCCUAUUUCGCGUCGAUUUACGGUAAUUUAGGAAAUUACUUGUCCUUUGGCAACACAAAAUUCAUUCCUGCUGUUAAUCGUGAAGCUUUUACCAACAUCGUCAAUUUGACGGAUGCUUACAAGUCUUCUGAGUUGGUCAGAGAAAUUUUUAAGCGUGUGAUUGAUAGUAUCUAUUCAACUCAUCCUGGGUGUCUGCGGUUGUCGUUUCCUCAAGAAGGCAUGACAACGUACUACUCAGCAAACUGCACUCGGUCAGAUGCUGAACUUGUCCAGACUUUCCUAGAUUCAAGACGAAUUGAAGCUUACAACACUCGUUUGAUGAAAAAGUUUGAUAAGGACGCCAAUGGUCGGGACAAUUACGAAUUGCUUGUUGCCUCGGCUGAUUCCGGAGAGGAGGAAAUUGAAAACGCCGGCUUAUCACAAUCAUCAACACUAAAAAUAAAAUAUGGCGACUAUAAAGAACUUAUGCAGUUAAUUGUCUCCGGCAUUGAUGUGAUUAAAGCAGCUGCCCUUAAUGAUGAGCAAAGGAAAAUGUGGAGUGAAUAUCAGCGUAGUUUUCAAACGGGCUCUAUUGAAGCGCACAAAGCUGGAUCAAAGCACUGGGUAGCUGACGAAAAACCGACUGUAGAAAGUUAUAUCGGUUUUAUCGAAACCUACCGGGACCCAUAUGGCGUACGGGGAGAGUUCGAAACUUUUGUCGCUGUUGUCGACAAGAACGUGUCAGCGAAAUGUCAAAAUCUAGUUAAAUGCGCUUCGUUAUUUCUGGCCCUCUUACCCUGGCCUCCUAGCUAUGAGACGGAUGCCUUUUUAGAGCCCGAUUUUACGAGUUUAGACAUUAUGUCAUUUGGUGUCUCUGGAUUGCCGGCUGGCAUCAAUAUUCCGAACUACGAUGAUAUUCGUCAGAGUAUCGGAUUCAAAAAUGUCUCUCUCGGGAACAUCUUAAAAGCAAAUUUCCAGGUAGAACAGUAG